AUGGUUUCCCUUUGGGGAAACGGGGAGGUGGAAAAGAGGCAUGGAACAGAUGCGAAGUCAUCUGUCCUUCAUGAGCAGUGUGAGGCAGCCGUAGAUGAGGUGCUCGCCUCAGUGAAUACAGUGCAGUAUCUGAUUAAAAGCAUGGAGGAAAUUACGGGGAUACCAUUUCAGCGAAAUCGCAUUAAGUGUGUCUCACUAAAUCGAGAUGGACACAGCAGGGGUGGCGAUGCUACUAGUGACGGCUCUGGGCUUUCAGAUGGCAACGUGAUGGCGGGGUACAUGUGGCGCCGUGCGCGCGAAGACUGUGAACAGGGGGAUAUUCUGCUUGUUGAAGAGCUCAUGGUUGGAAGGGCAAGCAGCGGCAGCACCAAUACGCCUGACAAGCGAACAAUGGAGACAGUGGAGAGAAACCUGCGCCAUGAGCUUAUUCACGCCUUUGACGACGCGCGGGGUGUGAUUGAGGCCUCCGACUGUAUGCAUCAGGCUUGUAGUGAAAUACGGGCGGCCCGGCUCAGUGGUGAUUGCUUUGUCGGUGAGGAACUCAAACGUGGGCGGCUGGAUCCUCUGCGUAGCGGUAUGCUUUGCGUGAAGCGUCGUGCCAUGCUUGCGGUUGAAAAGAAUCUUAUCUGUCGCGGUUUUUCUGAGCGGGCUGUGGAUCGCGUAUUUCAGAGGUGCUACUCAGACUAUGAACCAUUCGCUGCGCCUAUUUAUGCCAUGGGUAGUUAUGGCGAGGAACAAUUUAAAUAG